UGCUGGAUGCAGAUGCGGGUUGCUGCUUUGUAUUUUUUCAAUAAUUAUAUUUUUAUACUGGUUAAAUUCCCAAUUUGCCAUUAAUUAGGCGGAUCAAUGUAAAAUACCUUCAUAAUUAGGACCUAGGUAUCUGCAUAACUGAGGUCUUGCAUAGGUAUUCAUCGACGCUAAUCUUCGCUUGGUUUUCUUAAUAAACGUUGGUCGUGAGCCAAGAUGGCGGAAGCUCAUUCUGCUGUGGCAUUCUCGUUCGCGAUCACCCACGACGGAUGGGACGUGAACUUUGACCGUGAGGUCCUCUACUUGGUUUGGGAGUCUGGUCUACGCUCGUGGAAGAAGCGAUUGGCGCGUUUCAGAAACAGUAUCCACAACGGCGUGUACCCGGGCCACCUUCAGUCUCUGUACUUCCUUUGGACUGUGCUUGUGGCGGCACACUUUGCCGGCCUGAACAUACCAUUCGGGCUGGUGCAGAAAGCUUUGACGAUACUCCCCAGUAAUUCAACGUUAUGGCAAGUUAUAGCUUGUCUUCUUGCUGCCCUCGUGAUGUGGUUGACGGUCAUCUUCUUGAUGCGGUAUGCGCUCAAGCUCCUGCUUAUGUACAAGGGAUGGAUGUAUGAGUCCCGCGCACCUGGUUCACGGAUAUCUAUGAAGACGAUGCUAUGGGCCAGCGUCGUUAAGGUACUCUCGGGGUGGAACAAGCCCCGUCUCUACAGCUUCCAAGGCUCCCUGCCUCGGCUGCCGCUGCCUACCGUCUCCGACACUAUGCGACGGUACUUAUUGAGCGUACGGCCACUGUUGGACGAUGAAAACUACAGGCGGGUCGAAAGACUCGCGAAGGAGUUCGAAGAAACUAUAGCAGUCAAGUUACAGAGAUACUUGAUCCUCAAGUCAUGGUGGUCAAGCAACUACGUAUCAGAUUGGUGGGAGGAAUACGUGUACCUGCGCGGUCGCUCGCCGCUGAUGGUCAACUCCAACUUCUACGGGACCGACACCCUGCUGCGCCCGACGCGCGUGCAAGCCGCGCGCGCAGCCACCAUCAUACAUUUCUGUCUGCGCUUCAGGAGACUUAUCGAGAGGCAGGAGUUGGAACCGAUAAUGCUGCAAGGCAUGGUGCCGCUGUGCUCGUGGCAGUACGAGCGGCUGUUCAACACGGUGCGCGUGCCGGGCGUGGAGCGCGACCGCAUCGUGCACUACCAGGACUCGACGCACGUGUCCGUGCACUGCCGCGGCAAGUACUACAAGCUGGUGGUGUACUCGCGCGGCCGCCUGCUCAACCCCGCGGAGAUACAGACUCAGCUGCAACAGAUCCUGAGCGACGAAUCGCCAGUCGCGCCGGCGGAGGCGAGGAUCGCGGCGCUGACGGCGGGCGAGCGGUCGCACUGGGCGCACGCGCGGCAAACGCUGUUCCAGCGUGGACACAACCGCACGUCGCUGCACUGCAUCGAGCGCGCCGCCUUCCACGUCUCACUAGAUGACUCGGAGUACGGGUUCGACGAGCACGACGUGUCUCGGCUCGACCAGUACGGGCGCGUGCUGCUGCACGGCAAAGGCUACGACCGCUGGUUCGACAAAUCCUUCAACCUCUGCUUCAGCACCGACGGUUCUGUUGGGUUCAACACUGAACAUACAUGGUAA